CCCGGUGGCUCGUCGGCGGAAGAUGGCGGCAAGGCGUGUGCUCUGACUGCAGCCGCUCGCUGCUCGGGCCUCACCAACCCCGCCCGUCUCGUCCCAGUCCGGCCCAGUCCAGCCCGGCCCAGCCCAGCCCGGCCCAGCCCAGCCCGGCCCAGUCCGGCCCGUCCCAGUCCGGCCCGGCCCGAGGUCUGCGCAUAUUUGAAAAACAACAAUGACGUCUAUCAUAAAGCUGACUGCCAUUUCUGGAGUACAGGAGGAAUCUGCCCUCUGUUAUUUGCUGCAGGUGGAUGAAUUCCGCUUUCUGCUUGAUUGUGGCUGGGAUGAAAGCUUUUCCAUGGACAUCAUAGAUGCACUGAAAAAAUAUGUACAUUUGAUUGAUGCAAUCCUCCUUUCUCAUCCUGACCCCUUACACCUGGGAGCACUCCCUUAUGCUGUUGGGAGGCUAGGGUUAAACUGCUCCAUUUAUGCCACUAUUCCAGUUUACAAGAUGGGGCAGAUGUUUAUGUACGAUCUCUAUCAGUCUCGGCACAAUACUGAAGAGUUCUCCCUGUUUACAUUGGAUGAUGUGGAUGCAGCAUUUGAUAAAAUCCAGCAACUGAAAUACUCUCAGAUUGUCAACUUAAAAGGUAAAGGACAUGGCCUAUCCAUAACUCCAUUACCUGCAGGUCACAUGAUUGGAGGAACAAUUUGGAAGAUUGUGAAAGAUGGUGAAGAGGAGAUUGUGUAUGCAGUUGAUUUUAACCAUAAGAGAGAAAUCCAUCUGAACGGAUGUUCACUGGAAAUGAUUAGUCGGCCAUCUUUACUCAUCACGGAUUCUUUCAAUGCCACAUAUGUUCAACCCCGAAGAAAGCAACGUGAUGAACAACUGCUCACCAAUGUCCUGGAGACUUUACGUGGAGAUGGCAAUGUGCUCAUAGCUCUGGAUACUGCUGGCAGAGUUCUGGAACUAGCUCAGCUUUUGGAUCAAAUCUGGAGGACAAAAGAUGCUGGGCUGAGCGUCUACUCUCUUGCUUUACUCAAUAACGUUAGCUACAAUGUGGUGGAGUUUUCCAAAUCGCAGGUAGAAUGGAUGAGUGACAAGUUAAUGAGAUGCUUUGAAGACAAGCGAAACAAUCCCUUUCAAUUCCGUCACCUUUCAUUGUGCCACAGCCUCUCGGAUUUGGCACGGGUGCCUAGUCCAAAGGUGGUGCUUGCUAGUCAGUCCGAUAUGGAAUGUGGAUUUUCACGUGACCUAUUCAUACAGUGGUGUCAGGACCCAAAGAACUCUGUAAUUCUCACAUACAGAACAACCCCAGGUACACUGGCCAGAUAUCUGAUAGACAAUCCACUCACCAAGAAAAUGGAAAUAGAGAUUAGGCGUCGUGUAAAAUUGGAAGGGAAAGAUUUAGAAGAAUAUCUGGAAAAGGAAAGGCUCAAGAAAGAAGCGGCUAAAAAGCAGGAACAAGAAAAAGAGCGAGAUGUUGACUCCAGUGACGAGAGUGACGUUGAGGAAGACUUGGAUCAACCGCUUGCCGGAAAAGCCAAACAUGAUCUCAUGAUGAAAAGUGAGAGUAGUCGCAAGGGAAGCUUCUUCAAACAAGCUAAAAAAUCUUAUCCCAUGUUCCCAGCCACAGAGGAGAGAGUGAAGUGGGAUGAAUAUGGAGAGAUAAUAAGAGCUGAAGAUUUUUUAGUUCCAGAGCUUCAGGCCACAGAAGAAGAAAAGAGCAAACUUGAUGCUGGUCUGAGUAAUGGAGAUGAACCUAUGGAUCAGGAUCUAUCUGAUGUUCCAACCAAGUGCAUUGCUGCAACAGAAACCAUAGAUAUCAGAGCAAGAGUGACAUAUAUUGAUUAUGAGGGGCGUUCAGAUGGUGACUCUAUCAAAAAAAUCAUUAAUCAGAUGAAACCCCGUCAGUUAAUUAUUGUUCACGGACCUCCAGAGUCUAGCCAAGAUCUUGCUGAAUCCUGCAAAAUAUUUGGUGGAAAGGACAUAAAACUUUACACACCAAAGCUUCAAGAAACAAUAGAUGCUACAAGCGAAACUCAUAUUUACCAGGUUAGACUAAAGGAUUCUUUGGUCAGUUCCCUUCAGUUCUGUAAAGCAAAGGAUGCAGAAUUGGCCUGGAUAGAUGGUAUUUUGGACAUGCGGGUGUCAAAAGUAGAUACUGGGGUCAUUCUUGAAGAGGGGGAGUUAAGAGAUGAUGAAGAAGGAGAAAUGCAGGUGGAUGCUCCUACAUCUACACACAGCUCGGAUCAAGUUGCAGCUCAACAAAAGGCAAUGAAGAACCUAUUUGAUGAUGAUGAUAAAGAGAACAAUGAAGAUCUUGAUGUAAUUCCCACUUUGGAACCAUUGCCACCAAAUGAGGUUCCUGGUCAUCAAGCAGUCUUUAUUAAUGAGCCAAGAUUAUCUGAUUUUAAACAAGUUCUUUUGCGGGAAGGUAUCCAGGCAGAAUUUGUUGGAGGUGUGCUUGUCUGCAAUAAUUUAGUAGCUGUUCGAAGAACUGAGACAGGACGCAUUGGAUUAGAAGGAUGUUUGUGCGAAGAUUAUUAUAAAAUAAGGGACCUUUUAUACGAACAGUAUGCAAUUGUAUAAUUGUGUGUGGAAUUCUCUUGGAAAAUCUAUUCUACUCACUGGGAGUCAUCUCGAACUCUGGAAGGCUUGAAAGUGACAUGAAAAAUCUGGACAAUUUUUUCUUUCUACAAUAGCAAUUCUUUGUCUUUCGAAUUUGGUAUUCUUUUCUCAUUCCAUUGGAAGAAAUUUGAGGUGCAAAUUUGUCUUUGUGUAUGUCAAAACUGCUCUGUUAAACAUAAGAUUACGUUCUCUUUUCACUGGAUUCCUUUAGAAAUGAUUUCUUGACCAAUUACAGUACAUUUUGAGGGCUCACGGAAUACCAGAUUUAAUUUGCCUAUUUACGUAAUAACACUGCAACUUGGGAUGCUGUAAUUUUAUCAAGCUGUGUCAAACUAACUUGGCCUAUUAUAUGUGUAGGAACGAACAUAUAAUAUGGUUUAAACCGAAGAUAGACACAAAAAGCGGGAGUAAGUCAGCAUCUCUGGAGAAAUGGAAUAGAUGACAUUUUGGGUUGAGACCCUUCAGACUUCUCCAGUCUGAACAAUGGUCUUGACCUGAAAUGUCACCUAUACCUUUUCUCCAAAGAUGUGCCUGUCCUGCUAAGUUACUCCAGCUUUUUGUGUCUAUCUUAGCCAGCAGAGAAAUAAAACAGGUGAGUUUUCGACCAAGAAAAGCCCAAAAUAAUUUUAAAGUUUUAAAUUUUUUUCUGAAAUGUUAGUAUGUAUUUUGGAGAAUUUGGUGUGCUCAUCCUAUACAAUAUGGGACUAUUAAGUUGGUUUAUCAGUUUUUUGUAAAAUUAUAAAAUACCGGACUCACCAAUGCAUAAAUAUUGUAAAUAGAUUGCAUUUAUAAAGGAGAAAUGCUGUUUGAGAUUUGUUUACAAAUAAGUUGUAACUUAGUUUUGCAAUCCAUAAAAACAUAAUUAAAUUGUUUAUAAAAUUUA